AUGGAUGGAUUCAUGUUACCAUGGACAACAAUUCAAGCUUAUGAAUGUGAUACUACUAGUGAUCAUAACCCUCUAUUAGGUGUACUGGUUAGUGAUAAAACCUCCGCAGACGAAGGAUCCAGAACAAUAUGGCCUGUUUUCACUCUAAUUUUAUCUUACAUAUUUGAUUAUUGGGGAAAAGAAUGGAACACAGAGUCUUAUGAUAUAACUUAUGAGAGAUUUAUCUCUUUUCUUACAUUACUCAAGACCAGAUGUCAACAACAUUUUAAGCUUAACCAUGCUAGACCGUCUAUUCCACAGAACCAUGUGAAACUACUGGCUCAGAGCCGCUCGUUAGCAUUCAAAGCGAAGCGGAAGGGUGAUAUUGAACUACGGAAAGAAGCUCGUCGUCUACGUAACUUAGCACGCUUCGAGUUAAAAAAAUUUCAAAAAGAACAAUUAGCCAAACAGUUAAAAGAAAGGCAUCUGUCAGGUGAAACAUCUCGGCUGUUCUGGGGUAAAACAAAAAGACAUUUUCAUCUGGUAUCUUCAUCAUUGAGGAGAUUCUUGCCCCCAUGUGAAGAAAUUAUAAAAGACUCCCAAAUAAUGACCAACAUGACAGCUGAUCAUUAUGAAAGAUUAUUUGAAGCACCCGUAGUGAUACGUCCACACCCGUAUGUCGAUGGUCCUCCAGUACAAUGGAAAAAUGCUGCUGAACCUAUACCGACGGUUACUUAUCCAGAAAUAGUAAAUAUUUUACGUUCAAGAAAGAAAGAAAAGUGUCUUGACAUUCAUGGACUUUCACCAUUUAUACUUGAUAAAAUACCUCAAAACUAUUGGCAUCUACUGGUACAACUACACAACUAUUCAUUUACUGAAGGAUACAUUUUAAAGAAGUUUAAAGAAGUUAGAAUGAUAUUUCUAGCAAAGAAAAAUGCGGUGUGCUUACCGGAUCAAACUAGAUCAAUCUCUCUGCUCGAUUCGUUUCUGAAAGUACAAGAAAAAUUAUUUCAUAAUCGAUUUUUAAAAAUCUUAAAUGACCAUGGUAUUUUACCAGAUAACCAAUCGGGAUUUCGUGCUGGAUUUAGAUUACAAACACGUGUACUGCUGCUCAUCGAACAGUUAUGA